AUGGCCGAGGAAUUUCAUGGAUAUGCCGCCUUCGAUAAAGAAAGCAUCUUGAAACCUUAUUCGUACAUCCCCAAGCCAUUAGGCGAUGAAGACAUUGAAAUAGAAAUUUCACAUUGCGGCAUAUGUG